GAGGAAUAAGAUCAUGGGCUCUUCUUCUAAAAAUUUGUACGCAGGUAUUGGCGAAGGGCAAUCCACCUCUAGGCCACCGCUUUUUGAUGGGACAAACUACUCCUAUUGGAAGGAACGGAUGAGAAUCUAUAUCCGUUCCACCAACUUCCAAUUGUGGUUGGUCAUCAAAAAUGGCGAGCAAAUCCCAAUGAAGAAAGUGGGAGAAACCACCGUCCCAAAGACCGAGGACGAGUUUGAUGCUGAAGACAUCAAGAAGGUUGAAAACUAUGCAAAGGCCAUCAACAUGCUAUAUUGUGCGGUAUACCCCGAUGACUACCGAAAGAUCUCCUGUUGCACAACCGCCAAGGAGAUGUGGGACAAGCUUGAAGUGACGUACGAUGGUACCGAUCAAGUGCGUGAAGCCAAGAUCGAUUUUCUCACCCAAGAAUAUGAAAUGUUCCGAAUGAAGGAAGGUGAGAAAAUCGACGACAUGUUUGAUCGGUUCUCAAAGAUUAUAAACGAUCUUCAUGCUCUUAAGAAGACAUAUACCAACAAGGAUCUCAAAAAGGGGAUAGCUCUCAAAGCCACCAAGGAACCAGUGGAAGAGGUUUCUAGCGAUGACGACAACGAGUUUGGACUCGUCAUCAAGAAGUUUCACAAGUUCAUGAAGAAGGAAUUUGAGCGGAAGGGAAGAAAGCACGACGGUCCUCCCAAGUGCUACGGCUGUGGCGAGAUUGGCCACAUCAAGCCAAGGUGUCCAAAAGCCAAGCAUGGCAAGGACAAGCCCGGCUUCAAGAAGCAAAGGGCUUACAUCUCUUGGGGUGGCGAUUCCGGCGACGAAUCAACCGACCAAGAGGAGGACGAAGCUGCAAAUCUUUGCCUCAUGGCGCACGAAGAUCAAAACGACGACGUCCAAGAGGCCUAUAGAGUGCUUAAUAAACGUACUUUGACUAUUGAGGAGUCCCCUCACAUUGUGUUUUCCGAAGAUAAUACUCGCUUGGCGAGAAAGGCUAUUUCUGAUGAUCUUGCAGAUUCACUUGAAAAAUUACACGUUGAAAACGAUGAAGAAGACACGCCAUUAUACACCAAUCCGGAACCACAACCUGAGGAAACACCUCAAGUGAUGGUCGAAAAUGAGGACCAAGCGAACGAAGAAGAACACGAGGAAGCCCGGGAACAAGAGGAAACCGAGCUUCCCAUCGCUUGGAGAGUGAACAAGAAUCAUCCACUUGACCAGGUAAUCGGCUGCAUCAACCGCGGGGUAAGUACUCGUAACUCGCUUAGGGAUACCGUAGGACACAUGGCUUUUGUUUCUCAAAUUGAACCUACAACCAUUUCCGAAGCAAUAAACGAUGAACAUUGGACCUUGGCUAUGCAAGAGGAGCUAAACCAAUUCAAAUGAAAUGACGUUUGGGAAUUGGUGCCAAGGCCCGAUGAUCGUACGAUUAUUGGUACGAACUUCUUCAUUUUUUUUUCAAAAUCAAAUAUCCCUUAGUAU